AUGUGUUUAUCAACCCCAAUAGGGUGACCUGGCAGGUUCGUGGCAUUGCAUUUUAGCAGAGGAAAUCAUAUAUUUAAGUUGAAUUGCAAUAUUCUUUAGGAUGCAGUCGUCUACAAGAGAUGACAAACCUCUUUAUGGAAAGGUUGCCGUGGUAACAGGAGCCUCUAGUGGCAUUGGUGCUGCCAUCUCUCGUCAACUGGCUGCUGCUGGUGCCAAGGUUGCCAUGGCAGCAAGGCGGGAGAACCUGUUAAAAAAAAUCCAGGAUGAAAUUUCAAAGGAAGGGGGCGCAGCUCUAGCAGUGAGAUGUGAUGUAACGAACAGAGCUGAGGUGAAGGAGCUUAUUCAGCACACAGAAAGCACCCUGGGUCCCGUGGAUAUCUUGGUGAACAAUGCGGGUAUCUGGGUGAUAAGGUGUAUGAAGAACCUUCACGAGGAGGAGUGGGAUCAGCAAGUGGAUGUGAACAUCAAGGGAGUGUUGAACUGCAUUGGGGCUGUGAUCUCCGGGAUGUGUGAAAGGAAAAGAGGUCAUAUCGUCAACAUGUCAUCACAAAGUGGAAAGACGCCUUUGGUAGGGAUAGCCGUAUACACAGGGUCGAAGUUCUUCGUAGAGGGGAUGUCACGGACGCUUCGUCAAGAAGUUUGUAAGGAUGGUGUACGUGUAACAUGUAUCCAGCCUGGCGAAGUUGAAACGCCCGGUUUCGCCAGGUAUUUAAUGACAAUGGAAGAUGAACAGGUUGCCGUGGUAACAGGGGCCUCUUGUGGCAUUGGUGCUGCCAUCUCUCGUCAACUGGCUGCUGCUGGUGCCAAGGUUGCCAUGGCAGCAAGGCGGGUGAACUUGUUAAAAGAAAUCCAGGAUGAUAUUUCAAAGGAAGGGGGCGUAGCUCUAGCAGUGAAAUGUGAUGUCACAAACAGAGCUGAGGUGAAGGAGCUUAUUCAGCACACAGAGAGCACCCUGGGGCCUGUAGAUAUCUUGGUGAAUAACGCGGGUAUCUGGGUGAUAAGGUGUAUGAAGAACCUUCAUGAGGAGGAGUGGGAUCAGCAAGUGGAUGUGAACAUCAAGGGAGUGUUGAACUGCAUUGGAGCUGUGAUUUCAGGGAUGUGUGAAAGGAAAAGAGGUCAUAUUGUCAACAUGUCAUCAGAAAAUGGAAUGAAGCCUGCCGUAGGGUUCGCCGUAUACACGGGGUCGAAGUUCUUCGUAGAGGGGAUGUCACGGACGCUUCGUCAGGAAGUUUGCAAGGAUGGUGUUCGUGUCACUUGUAUUCAGCCUGGUGAUGUUGAAACGCCCGGUUUAGCCACGACUUUGACGACAAUGGACGAUGAGCAGUGUAAACAGCUGUACACUUACCCUUUCCCUUACCCAGUUCUGGAACCUGAAGUCAUCGCCCAGACAGUCCUCUACGCAGUCACGACGCCAGAUCACGUGGCCGUCAACGAGAUUCUCGUUCAGCCCAGGGAGGGCCCGCUGUAGAUAAACUUGUUUGGUAUCUAAUUAGAAAGAGAUGCUAGUAACAAGAUACCUAUUUGGGUAUUAUUCUUUUGUAUUGGUUGUCAUAUUCGAGGGACUCGUACCUUGGUUGGAGCAAGUGCCAAGACAAGGGGUUUUAUAAACUAGAUCUCUCCAAGCUACUGGACUUCAUAUUACAUCAGGCCACCCUCUACCAGGGUCUCAGUUAUUAUUGUCGACAUUUUUGGCUGAAUCGACAUCAGACCAAAAUGACUGUCUAUUUAUCUAGAGAAAUAUAUGUGAAUAUCUGUGGAAAAUCAAUCUGUCGCCCUGGUACACGGUAACACCAGGCAGUAUAUCCAGUAUUCUGCUUUCUUUCUGUGCUAUGCUGUUUUUGAGAAAUCCAUGUGAACAAGUAUGCAGUUACAAUGUGCAUCCAUACAUCCAUUAAAGUUACCCUCUACCAAGGCCACAGAUUGAUUUAACACUAGAUAUUCACAUAUAAUGUCUUUGGUUAAAUAUCGUCAAUCUCCUAACUGGAAAUGCGGAAAUGAACCUAUAAUAUCCGCCGCCCAUGCAGAGGGUACAUUAGAGUGGUGAUUAUGCAGCUGCAGUGGGCGCGCAGAGCUGCGUCAUUUAGCAGAAUUUUACAAACUGGAUGGACAGGUAAAUUGGUCAAUUUUCGACCAGAAAUUGAUUGAAGGUACAGUUUGAAAGCUACUUUUUGGCUGAACGAGGGGUUAAAUUGGAUUAUGACUUGACAUGUCGACUUUAUUUUAGCUGUAGAAGAAUAAAGCAAAGGUGGUUUAAAAUUAUUCGUAAAUGCGUUAUUUGGAAUUCACGCUCGCUUUUAAUAAUGUGAAAUAGUUGCAACGUUUGAGGCUACCAUUUUGAAGUGGGUUUCACAAAACAAUCACAUUGUAUUUAGUUUGCAACUGAAUUCUCAUUCUACUGUACACAUGUAAUUUCUACUGUACUUGCACUUAGUCAUACAUACAUGCACGCAUUGAAUUGGAAUUGAUAUCCAAAUUAAUUUUCAAUACAUUUAUGUUUAAUAAAAGUGAUGAAAUUAACUAAAUUCAGAAGUAUUGGAAGAACCAUGAUCAAAUAAGGUGAUCAGAAAAGGUUAACAAAUAAUUUUAUUAUAAAAAAUGACAAAAGCCGUUGUUGAAGGGAAUUUGCGGCUUGAAAUGGUUUCAUUUUACUCUUGAUGGGCUGAUUUAUUCCUAUUCCCGUAGACGCUUUCGUGUGACGGUGCAUGAUUUUACAAUAUUAUGGGUCAGGAACUUGGCAAACAAAAGAAACCGAGUGAAUAUUGUCUUAACUGUCAGGUGAGGAAAACAUAGAUGUUUUAUUGAUUCUUAUCACGUCACUGAGAAGUCAAUUAUUAUUAUUAUUAUUAUUAUUAUUACACAAGUAAGCUGAUCACGUUCACAUUUUUGUUUUUUAAUCCAAUAAGUUCAUGCUUAAUUAUUUCUUCGUGUGACAAAACAUGGGAAUUUGGUUACAGUUAUAAAUCUUGUGAUUGCUGUUCUUGAGCGCCCUCUAGCGAUGGUUUACAAAAAUAAGUAUGAUGUGUUUAUCAACCACAAUAGGGUGAACUGGCGUACCGGUAGCAGAGAAAAUCAUAUAUUUAAGUUAAAUUGCAAUAUUAUUUAGGAUGCAGACGUCUGCAAGAGGUGAGUUCAAGCACCACAUGACAAACCUCUUUCUGGAAAGGUUGCCGUGGUAACAGGAGCCUCUAGUGGCAUUGGUGCUGCCAUCUCUCGUCAACUGGCUGCUG